GCGUUUGAGAAGGUCCUGAUGCAGCAGUACACCGGCGCCCUCAGGGCCCCGCCCCGCGCGCUGGCUCAGGCAGUGCUGAAGGCCCGGGAGGACCUCCUCUAUGACUUGAGCCUCCAGGAGGCCGCGGCCGCAGACGCAGCCGCACGCGUGGCGGCGGCGGCGGUGAAGCCCAAGGCUUCGGCGGGCGGCUGGAGGCUGCAGGGCUGGAGGCGGCAUCGGCGGCGGCGGCGGCGUGGUUGA